AUGUAUGCUCUGCUUGGGCCAUGCUCGAGCCUCCGACUCUUUGCCAAGUCGUACCAUAUCCCCGAAGCAACAUUCCGACGGUGGGUCGCGAACUCGUCCAGCUACCUGGCGAAAAAGACCCAUGGUCCGUGGGCAACUCUUCAUGGCAAAGGACGCCUGGAAUCUGUCGAGUUCUCAAGCGACUUGGUCGCAUUCAUGGAGUCCGUGCGGGACGGUGAACACUUCGUCACGACUGCACAUCUGGUCACCUGGAUGAAGUCGCACCGGCCGCUUUGGCUCAAAGCGUACAUGGAUGCCAAGCUCAAUGAUGACCGCGCAUACAAGAGCCUGCUCCAAUGGUGCCUGAAGUUCGCGAACCGUCAUGGAUACUUCCAUCGAGUGCCGUGCGCUGCCAAGGCCACCCAGUCAGAGCUUCAAGUCGUACAAGAAGCAUUCUCGGCGGAGUUCUUCUCAAAGUUUGGGCACCUUCCACGCCGCGCGUGGAUCAACGUCGACGAAACCCCGGUGUACUACGACAUGCCACCGGGCAAGACACUGGCCAAAGUUGGCAAGUCAACGCGAGUCCAAGAGACGCAGAAGCACUCCGACCGGAUUACGGUCGUGCUGUGA